AUGGGCUUGAGAAGAACACCCUCACGCUCUUCCUCACUUGAUACGAACAAAGAGAGUCUUCAUCUAAAUGAGUCAAAACCAGUUGUUGAUGUGUUUGAAGGAAAGGCUCGAGAGUUAGCUUUCGUUAUCAAAAGAAGAGGCAGUGGAGGAGCUGGUGGAGGCGGCGGUAGCAGCACGAGUGGAGGAGAUGGGGGCAGCAGUGGUAGCAGCACGAGUGGAGGAGGUGGUGGCGGCCAUAGCAGCGUGGGAGGAGGAGGUGUAAGCUGUCAAAGCUGGUCAAACGGCGGAGGACGUUUUGGUUCGAGUUAUGCUGGUCGUAACGGUACUCGUGGAUCGCAUCGUUCAAGCGGCAGCCAGAAUAUUCGAAGGGCAGUAUGUGCGGCCGGUUGGUUGGGUUUAUCUAUUUUAGUCAGUUUAAUAUUGGCUUAG